AUGACGUUAAUGGAGCUGCAGAACGGCUUAUGUCAAAGCAUGGAGAAUGGUACGUUAAUGAGAGUGAGCAGAAUUCUGUACCGGAAUCCGGUUGUGGUUUUUGGUGGUCUAAUACAGUUUGACACCAUUCCGAUCACGGAUGAAGCGAGUAUGCACAAUAUAUUUCAAAUUCACCGGCAGACUUAUACGAGACACCCACAGAUUGAGUUGUACAUUGAGUUUAAAGCUGUAGAGGCAGUAGCGGUCCAAAAUGAUAUAGAUGUAAAUGAUGAUAUAGCUACAGUGUACGAAGGAAUGAAUAGUGACAGCGAAGAGAACUUCGAAGCCACUUAUGAAGCCGGCGACGAAGAUGAGGAUGGUGAUGUGGGAGUUGAGGCAGCAGCAGAGAAUGUAGUGGUGCAUCCGUCGAGCAGUCAACCGAUGGGCGUUCCACCUUUUAUGCGAAUUGCUGAUCCUGAGGACGGAGAGUUCCGAAUUGGAAUGGAAUACAGUUCUAGAAAGUCGGUCAUCGCAGCAAUUAGAAGUUUCACUAUAUCUAGAGGAGUUGACUAUGAUGUGUAUGAGUCUGAGCCACAGACGUUCUAUACAAAAUGCAAGAUGUACGGGCGUGGAUGUGACUGGCUUAUCCAAGCCAGCUUGAUACGGAAAAAAAGUUGUUGGGAGAUACGCAGAUACAACGGUAGGCACACGUGCACGAUCGGAACGAUUUCACAAGAUCAUUCCAAUUUGGACUCGGAUACAGUUGCUGAGGCUAUAAGGCCAUUGGUCGAGACGGACCCGUCCAUGAAGGUAAAAUCUAUAAUUGCGGAAGUCCAUUCAAGGUUCAACUAUACCAUCAGUUACCGAAAAGCUUGGUUGGAAAAGCAGAAGUCCGUUGCCAAAGUUUUCGGCGAUUGGGAGGAAUCUUACCAAGCAUUGCCAUGGUGGCUCUCGGUCAUGGUGGAAAAGAUUCCUGGUUCAGUUGUCCAAAUAGAAACACGACCACUGUACAACGGAAAUGAGGAGGCACAAGGUGUAAAAAUACUUCAUCGUGAUGGGAACCAGAACAUUGUGCCUAUCGCCUUUGCCUUGGUGGAAGGUGAGACAGUUGAUGCGUGGCACUUCUUUCUCAGGAAUCUGCGAACGUAUGUUGUUAGAAAAGACGGUGUGGGUAUGAUCUCAGACCGGCAUGAGUCAAUACGGGCAGCAGUUAAUCGUUCCGGUGGAGACUGGCAACCUCCAAGAGCAUGGUGGAUGUUUUGUAUAAGACACAUCGGCAGUAACUUCUUAAGGGCAUUCAAAGUCCCUUACUUGCAGAAGCUUGUUGUCAACAUAGGGUAUUCAAGAACGGUGGAGGAGUACAAUAUCAACUAUAAGAGGUUGGAAGAGCGAGGCGAGGCAUAUGCUAGGUGGUGCGAUGCCAUCGGACUCAGACAUUGGAUAUUGGCAUUCGAUGAGGGACAUCAAUGGGGCCAUAUGACAACGAACCUUGUCGAGUGCAUUAACUCAGUGUUGAAGGGUGCCCGUAAUCUACCUGUGUUGGCGCUGGUCCGAGCGACAUAUUAUAGGUUAAAUGAACUCUUUAUGCGGAAGAGUGCCGAGACUCAUGAACGCAAGCGUGCUGGAUUUACGUACUCUGUAUUUGCACAAUAG